AUGGCUACACCCAGUGUCCUCGCUUUUGACGCUGAGGGUCGAGCCAUUGACUUUGAGGUCUCGCUCGACGACCUGCAGCUGUUUUUACAGUGCGACAGGGCCGACGGUCUCUCUCUCUUUGACCUCACCUCUGGCGCCGUCCCUGCCCCUGCUGCUGAUGCUGACGCCACUGUUCGCUCUCAGUGGGCCACGCGCGAUGCUGCUGCACGUCUUGCUGUGCGUCGCCACCUGCCUACCGCUGAGCGCGCGCACUUUAGCCAGUACAAGAGUGCUCAGACCUUGUACGACGCUGUAGUUGCGCGCUACUCCUCCCCUGCCACUGCUGCACUGAGCCGCCUCAUGCUCCCCUUCCUCUUCCCUAACCUUGCCGCCUUUCCCACUGUCGCUGAUCUCAUCACGCACCUCCUCACUAGUGACACUCGCUACCGCGCUGCGCUUCCUACUGACUUCUGCGCCAAGAACCCCCCCCCCCAUGGGUGUUCUCCUUCCCCUCUCCUGCCCUCUGUCGCCUCUGCCGCUGUGGCCGACCUCGUUGGUCUUGAGUCGGUCGGUGCGGCGUCUGCCCCUAGCGGAAGACGCCGCUCUGGCAAGGGCAAGGGGGGCAAGGGAGCGGGUGGGGCCAGUGGGGGCGGUGGCGGUGGAGGUGGAGGCGGCGGAGGGAGUGGGGGUGGCAGUGGAGGUGGUAGCGGGGGUGGGGGUGCUAGUGGCAGCAGUGGAGGCGGGAGUGGCGGCGGCGGUGGCGGUGGUAACGGAGGUGGCGGAGGUGGCGGCGGUGGAGGUGGAGGCGGGGGCGGUGGAGGCGGAGGCGGGGGUGGCGGAGGUGGAGGUGGUCGGAGUGGAGCUUCGCAGCGGAGCGGCACUGGUGGCGGUCAGCGCCAGCAGCAGCAGCAGCAGCAGCAACAGCGUUCUCGCGACGUCCCCACCCCUCAGCAGCUCCGUGAGUGGUACACGCAGCGUCAGCGCGGUGGGGGUUUUGGUCCCUGCACCUACGUUCUCCGCACUGGCGACCGCACUAGAGAGCAGUGUGGGGGUGCCCACUCCGCCCAGCGCUGCUUUGGCCGCCUGACGGACGCUUGGCGUCAGCAGUUCCCGGAGGCCGCGGAGAUCCCCCGCUGGGGAGAGCUGUCUAGGGCUGGUGUAGCUAUCUUUGAUCUUGAUUUUGAUGCUAUCCUUGCUGCCAUGUAUGCUGUGACCAUUAGUGAGGAGGGUGACUGUUACCGGUGUUUCCCGCCCGACCCGGGCAUUGGUAUUGCUGCUCCAGGUGCCGGUACUAGUGCGUCUGCGCUCUCAGGUACUGCGUCGGCUUCGGCCUCCUACACCUUUACUCUUGACUCUGGAGCGUCUCGCUCUUUCUUUCGGGACCGCACCACACUUACGCCGCUUAGUCGGCCGGUUGCGGUUUCCCUGGCUGACCCCUCUGGGGGUCCUGUCCUGGCUCGCUUCUCCACGGUACUCCCGUGUCCGGCGGCUCCCUCUGGCACCCUGUUUGGUCUCUACCUCCCCUCUUUCUCUACGAACUUGGUGAGUGGUGCUGACCUACAGGAUGUGGGGGUCCACCAGUUCACCCCUGCUAGUCAGCGACUGACGCACUGCACAGAGGCUAGCACGGGUCGUCACCUGGCUACGUUUACACGUCAGCCAGGGUCGAGCCUGUACACACUGACCACUACUUCUCCUCCAGGUGCUGAGUCUGGUAGAGUCCCUUCGUCUGGUCAGGUGUUUGCUGCAGCGUCCAGGUCUGGUCCUGAGUCUGCCCCCUGUUCGUGUCGCCGUCUGUCUCACGAGACCCUCCUCUGGCACCACCGUCUUGGCCACCCCUCUCUGCUUCGGCUCAGAGGCAUGGCCUCCCGUCUUCUUGUGUCUGGUCUCCCCCGGUCUCUACCUCCCCUUCCUCAGGGCCCUGGCCCUGCCUGUGUCCCCUGUGUCGAGGGGCGCCAGCGUGCUGCCCCUCACUCCUCCCAGUUUCCUCCGACAGAGGCUCCGUUGCAGACGCUUCACAUGGACGUGUGGGGCCCUGCCCGCGUCCAUGGACUCGGUCACGAGCGCUACUUCCUGCUGGUGGUUGACGACUACUCACGUUACAUCACAGUCUUCCCCUUGCGCAGCAAGGGUGAUGUCACUGAGGUGCUGAUCGACUGGAUCCGCGCAGCUUGUCUCCAGCUCAGGCAUCCGCCAGACCUUCACGCUUCCGGACUCCCCGCAGCAAAUUGGAUUGCAGAGCGCCGCAUUGGAAUGGUCAUGGACGUCGCUCGUACGUCCAUGAUGCAUGCGGCUGCCCCCCAUUUUCUGUGGCCGUUUGCGGUCAGAUACGCAGCGCAUCAGAUCAACCUCCACCCCAGGGUCUCCAGGCCGGAGACCUCCCCAGCGCUGCUGUGGACGGGGAAGGUUGGCGAUGCGUCGGCGUUCCGGGUCUGGGGAUCUCGGGCGUUUGUCUGUGACUUGUCUGCGGACAAGCUGUCCCCUCGCGCUGCUCCCUGCGUCUUCCUGGGGUUCCCCCCCGACGCCCCUGGGUGGCAGUUCUACCACCCCACCUCUCGACGUAUUCUGUCCUCCCAGGACGUCACGUUCGACGAGUCGGUACCCUACUACCGCCUCUUCCCCUACCGCACUCCGUCCCUCCCCCCGCCUCCGCUCUUCUUGGUACCAGGUCCCCCCCCGGUAGACCCCCUCCCCCCUCAGGGUCGUGCCCCUUCAGGUGUGUCCCAGUUAGACGCGGUCGAGCCUCCUGGGGGUGCGGAGUCUGGAGGUGCUGAGCCUGGGGGUGCUGAGCCUGGGGGUGCUGGGCCUGGGGGUGCUGAGCCUGGAGGUGCUGAGCCUGGGGGUGCUGUGCCUGGGGGUACUGAGCCUGGGGGUGCUGAGCCUGGGGGUACUGAGCCUGGGGGUGCUGAGCCUGGGGGUGCUGAGACUGGGGGUGCUCCGCCUGGAGGUGCUUCGUCUCGCCGAGAGCCACUCUCCCCUCAAGAGCUUCGUGAGUGGUUUGCCAGGCGCUGGAGGCGUGCUGCUGGUGCUGGAGGUUCUUCGGCUGCAGAGGGUACUGCUGCCGAGGGUCCCGGCGGUGCUCGUACUGUGGGUGCUGGAGCUGCUAGGUCUGAGGAUUCUCCUGGAGCUGGUGCUGCUGAGGGUGUUGACGCUGAGAUUGCCGCUGGAGGUCCGACCGGUGGUGCUCCUGGUGGUGCUGCUGGAGGUUCUGGAGCUACUGGAGGUGCUGCUGGAGCGGGUACUCCUGCUGGGGGUACUGGUGCUGUCCCUGCUGUUUCUGGCGUCGCCGCGCGGCCCCGGCCGUACUUCGUUCCGCUCCUGCAGCAGGUUCUUGGUCUUACACCUUCUCCUGGUCCUCCUCCUCCUCCCUUAGAGGGUCCACAGCCUGUCUCGUCACAGUCACAGCUACAGCCUGCCUCACCUUUGCCUGCUCCUUCUCCCUACGCUGGUCCGACUGGAGGUCUUGCUGAGCGUCGUGAGCCUGCGUCUCGUCCCGCGUCGCCUGUUCGUACUGCGCGCACUAGUGGUCGUGGUUCGCGUCAGCGUCCUCCUCCUGUCCCUGGCACGCAUCGGAUGUCUCUGCGUCCGUCUACUGCUCCUCUGCGUGCCCCUUUGCCUUCUCCUCCUGCUUCCUCUUUUCCUGCUUUUGCUGACCCGGAGUCGGACUCUCUUCGUGCUGCCAGUCCUAGUGUCAUGCGUCUUCUUGCUACUGCUGUCACUGACCCUUCUUUCGAGUCUUCUGCUGCGUCUGCCCUUGUCACUGAGCUCGUCGACUUUGCUGCGCGCUGUCAUCUAGACUACGCUGCUAGUCUUGUCGCUGAGUCUAAGUCUGCCUGUCCUCCGUCCGUCGGGGGUGAGUGUGCCCUUGGCACGGACGUCCUUGAGGACAGGCAGGAGGAGUUCCAGUGUCUGGCCGCCGCUUCACCUCAUCUCGCGUCUGUACUGCUAGCCCCUGAGGGAGACCCGGAUGCACUAGACAUCCCGACUCCGCGCUCUUACGCGGAGGCGAUAGAGGGUCCCUACUCCUCUCAGUGGCAGGCAGCUAUGGAUGCAGAGAUGGCUUCCUGGAAGUCCACUGGCACCUACGUCGACGCUGUUCCCCCUCUUGGGGCGAACAUCAUCAGUGGCAUGUGGAUUUUCAGGGUGAAGCGGCCGCCGGGUUCUCCGCCUGUCUUCAAGGCACGUUACGUGGCUCGUGGCUUCAGUCAGCGGCAGGGGGUUGACUACUUUCAGACCUUCUCCCCCACCCCGAAGAUGACCACUCUUCGGGUACUACUGCACGUUGCUUCUCACCGUGACUACGAGCUGCACUCUCUCGACUUCAGCACAGCUUUCUUGCAGGGCAGCCUGCACGAGGAGAUCUGGCUGCGUCGCCCACCUGGCUUCACUGGGUCUUUCCCUCCUGGUACCCAGUGGAGUCUCCGGCGUCCAGUCUACGGUCUCCGCCAGGCGCCACGUGAGUGGCACGACACACUGAGGACUACGCUGGCGGCACUUGGGUUUGCUCCUUCUACUGCCGACCCGUCGCUGUUUCUGCGCACCGACACCUCUCUGCCGCCGUUCUACAUCCUCGUGUACGUCGACGACUUGGUCUUUGCCACAGCUGACACUGCUGGACUCGCCUACGUGAAGUCCGAGCUGCAGAAGAGACACACGUGCACUGACCUGGGUGAACUGCGCAGCUACCUUGGCUUGCAGAUCACCCGAGACAGAGCACGCCGCACCAUUACCCUGACUCAGUCACACAUGGUGCAGCAGGUCCUUCAGCGCUUCGGCUUCACGUACUCCUCGCCUCAGGCCACUCCUCUGCCUACUCGCCACUCGCUCUCAGCUCUGCCUUCGGAUGAGUCCGUAGAGUCGAGUGGCCCGUAUGCAGAGCUUGUUGGCUGCCUCAUGUACCUGAUGACCUGCACACGACCUGACCUUGCAUACCCUCUCAGCAUUCUCGCACGCUAUGUUGCUCCUGGGAGACACCGACCAGAGCACAUGGCUGCAACGAAGAGGGUGUUGCGCUUCUUGUGCAGUACGUCAGGCAUGGGGCUAGUGCUUGGAGGGCAGAGUCCAGUGGUCCUCACUGGGCACGCGGACGCUUCUUGGGCUGACGACCAGGCUACGCAGCGGUCGUCACAGGGUUACACCUUCGGCCUUGGUUCCGGCUCUGUCUCGUGGCGGGCUUCUCGCUCGUCUUCUGUUCUCGGCUCCAGUUGUGAGGCUGAGAUCUACGCCGGGGCUAUGGCUGCUCAGGAGCUUCGCUGGCUCACCUACCUGCUGACCGACCUUGGAGAGCCGCCUCGUUCUCCUCCAGUCCUGUACGUAGACAACAAGGCCAUGCUGGCCUUGUGUCGAGAGCAGCGACUGGAGCACAGGACAAAGCACAUUGCUCUCCGCUACUUUCUUGCUCGUGAGCUGCAGCAGCGUGGACGGUUGCGACUUGCGUACGUGGCCUCUGAGGCCAACACUGCUGAUGUCUUCACCAAGGCACUUGCGCCUUGUGAUCAUCAGCGUUGCUGCACGCAGCUGGGUCUUGUGCCUGUCUUGCCUCACUUGCUCACUUCUUGA